AUGCUGAGAUACGCCACUCCCCUCCUCUUCUCUUGUCGCAUCCCACCUUCCAUCAAAACACUCGCUCCACUUCCCAGCCCCUCUUUUUUACCAAUUCCCGAUCCCAAACGCCCGCCACCUGUUUGUAGAUAUUCCUCUUCCACCUGCAAUUACGUACACCUCCCCUUCUGCCGCCGCCGCUGCCACUACUGCGACUUCCCCAUCCUCGCCCUCGGCUCCUCCGCCGCCAACGCCGCCGCCGGCGACGACGACGACGACGACCCGCGUAUAGCUAACUACGUGCGCCUCCUCCUCCGGGAGAUCGAGGCCACGCCCAAGCCCGGAUCCGGCGACGAACCACCUCUCCAAACGGUGUUCUUCGGCGGGGGCACGCCGUCGCUCGUGCCCCCGCGCCUCGCCGCCGCCGUGCUCGGCGCCCUGCGCGCCCGGUUCGGCGUCGCCGCGCGCGCCGAGGUGUCGAUGGAGAUGGACCCGGGCACGUUCGACGGGGGGAGGCUGAGGGAGUUCGUGGAGCUCGUGGGCGUGAACAGGGUGUCGCUCGGGGUGCAGGCGUUCCAGGAGGAGCUGCUGCGCGCGUGCGGGCGCGCGCACGGGGCGGCCGAGGUGCGGGAGGCCAUCGGGAUCGUGCGGCGGUGCGAGGGGCUGGAGAAUUGGAGCAUGGAUCUGAUAUCGUCGCUGCCGCACCAGACGGCGGAGAUGUGGGCGGAGAGCUUGCGGUGCGCCGUCGACGCGCGGCCGACGCAUGUCUCGGUUUAUGAUCUGCAGGUGGAGAAGGGGACAAAGUUUGGGCAACUAUACACUCCGGGAGAGUUUCCUCUUCCGACAGAAAGCCAGUCGGCGAACUUCUACAAGAUGGCUUCUGAGAUGCUCACAGCAGCAGGUUACAGCCACUAUGAGAUCAGCAGCUACUGCAUGGAGGGAUAUGAGUGCAAGCACAACCUCACAUACUGGCAGAACAAACCUUUCUACGGGUUCGGCCUCGGAUCAGCGAGCUACAUCAACGGCGCCAGGUUUUCGAGACCGCGAAGAAUAAAAGAGUAUGCAGAGUGGGUCCAAAAGCUGGAAGAAGGGGCGGUGAAUCAUGAGACUAGCAAUGUCGAAGUGAAGGACUUGGCCAUGGAUGCUGUGAUGCUUUCUCUCAGAACAGCAAGAGGACUGGAUCUGCAAAGCUUUCGGAGAUCCUUCGGGGAGGGCUUGGCAUUCUCCUUGUGCAAAGCUUUCAGGCCUUUUGUGGAGAAUGGGCUUGUGGUCGCCAUGGACGAAGAGCGAGGGACUAUCCCGCCCCGAGAUUUUAUUAAGUUGCAGAUAAGUUCAGACGAUGAACUAGAGGACAUAAGUUCAGACGAUGAACUAGAGGACAGAGUCGCGUUCAUUCGAUUGAGCGAUCCGGACGGCUUCUUGCUGUCCAAUGAGUUGAUUUCAAUUGCAUUUGGGGUUAUAUCCCCAUAACAUCAAUUUGUUAUUUUCUUCCACAAUUCUCAGCAAAUAAGUUCUACAAUAAUAUUCAAAUUCAGUGCUGUUGCUGUGCAAUUGAAUACAGUUCUAAAAAAUAGAGAAAGCGAAGUUCUACAUUAUAGUUGAA